AUGUGUGGCAGUUACUAUGGCAACGCCUGUGGCUACGGCUGUGGCUAUGGAUCUGGCUACGGCUGUGGCUACGGCUCUGGCUACGGCUGUGGCUACGGCUCUCGCUAUGGCUGUGGCUACGGCUCUGGCUACGGCUGUGGCUACGGCUCUGGCUACGGCUGUGGCUACGGCUCUGGCUACGGCUGUGGCUACGGCUCUGGCUAUGGCUGUGGCUAUGGAUCUGGCUACGGCUGUGGCUACGGCUCUGGCUGUGGCUACUGGGGCUACAGGCCAUUGUGUUACAGAAGAUGCUACUCUUCUUGCUGGUAG